AUGAAAAAAGACUUACAGGCUUGGGGUUGCACACCCGAGGAGACCGAUAUUGCUAUGCCUUAUUCUGCCGAACGUUGCCUGCAUGCAGGCACUGGGCCGCGGAACAUCCGAGAAGGAGAUUCGCCAAAGAAUUCACUAGCCACCGUCUUGGAUGGCAUGAGGCGGGGUAGUUUUUCGGUAACAGUCUCGGGGGUGGUUGAUCUUUUGCGCAAGUGUUAA